GUUCCGCUGGUGAACGGCGCCGGGCUCCGCUGCGGGCUCGGUGUCGUUGGCGGCGGGGCCGCCGCCGCCUCGCUGGCCGCCAUCUCGGCCGCGCCCGCCCCGCUGGCCGUGCCCGUGCCCCAGCAACCGGCGGCGGCGGCGCAGGCGGCGGCCGGGCAGGCCGGCGAGCUGGGCCACAAGCGGCCCGGCUCCGUCUCGUCUUCGUCUUCGAGCGGCGGCGGCGCGACGGGGGAGCACGACGGCGGCGGCAAGGAGAAGCGCUGCUCCACCGAGAGCGUGCCGGCAGCGGCGGAGAUGGGCGCCGAGGGCAAGAGCCGCGCGGGCGGCGAGGAGUGGCUGGCCAAGCCCAAGACGGUGCGGGACACGCUGCUGGCCCUGCACCAGCACGGCGGGCACGCCGUGCCGCCUUUCGACAGCAAGUUCAAGAAGGAGCCGGGCAUGGCGGGCGGCAGACUGCUGGGCUACGAGAGCAACGGCGCCGCGGCCAAGCCUGGGGCCCGCGCAGCCCGGAAGAGGAAGCCGUCCCCCGAGCCGGAGGGCGAGGCGGGACCCCCGAAGAUGAACGGGGAGGCGCAGCCCUGGCUCCCGGCCGCGUCCGAAGGGAUGAAGAUGCCGCUGACGGCCACCUCCUUCAUGUCACCCCCGCCGCCCACCGCCUCGCCCCACUCCAACCGGACCACGCCGCCCGAGGCGGCCCAGAACGGCCAGUCCCCCAUGGCCGCGCUCAUUUUGGUGGCGGACAAUGCCGGGGGCAACCACGCCUCCAAGGAGGCCAACCAGGUCCACUCCACCACCAGGAGGAACAGCAGCAGCCCCCCCUCGCCCUCCGCCAUGAACCAAAGAAGGCUGGGCCCCGGCAGGGAAGUGCCGGGCCAGGGGGGCAGCGCGGCGGGCGGGCUGGAGCCCGUGCACCCCGCCAGCCUGCCGGACUCGUCCCUCGCCGCCAGCGUCCCCUUGUGCUGUACCCUGUGCCACGAGCGCCUGGAAGACACCCACUUCGUGCAGUGCCCUUCGGUCCCGUCCCACAAGUUCUGCUUCCCCUGCUCCCGGCAGAGCAUCAAGCAGCAGGGGGCCAGCGGGGAGGUGUACUGCCCCAGCGGGGAGAAGUGCCCACUGGUCGGCUCCAACGUGCCCUGGGCCUUCAUGCAGGGGGAGAUCGCCACCAUCCUCGCCGGGGAUGUGAAAGUGAAAAAGGAGAGAGACUCGUGACUGUGCCGGCCCAGCGCCGCCCGUCGCCCAAACUGCUCCGGUUCUGUAUAUAUCUAUAAAUAUAUAUAUAUAAAUAUAUAUAUAUCUCCAAGACAAGGGAAAUGUAGACUUCAUAAACAUGGCUGUAUAAUUUUGAUUUUUUUGAAUACAUUGUGUUUCUAUAUUUUUUGAAGACAAAAGGUAUGUACUUAUUAUAAAGGCAUUUCUUCUAAUUGUCCUUUUUUUUUUCCUCCCGUCCUUCCCCUCCGCUUUUUUUUCCCCCUUUUGUUAUAGCAACUAUUUGUUGUGCUUCCCUGGUGACAAUUACUGUUCGAUGUAGGCUGUGACUUGCGCUGCUUUUUUUAGAGCACUUGGCAAAACAGAAAUGCUUCUAGCUGUAUUUGUAUGCACUUGUUUCCUUUUCCUUUUUUUUUUUUCUUCUUUUUUUUUUAAUGCCAAAUACACUUUCUGACAUUGUAAAGAUCGCCUUACUGUCUGUGAUUCCUUAUUGCUGGCCCCUGUUUCUGUAGGGCUGGUGGCACGAGGUGCUGGGGGCAGGCGGGUGCAGGGAGCACGAGGGGCUCCUCCCGGGAGCGGCUGUCCGCCUCGUGUGGCCGUGCCGGACCCAGUCCAAAAUUCCUCCGUGUUUCUCAAGGGAAGUUGCCUUUGGAGUAGGAUGUGGAGAGGUGUUGGAGAGGCGCUGUUGAGUUAGGGAUUUCUGGGUUGGUUUGUUUCUGUUGGUUUUUUUUUCUUUUCCUUUUUUAAGGCAAAGUUGACCGCAGUUCACGUGAUCAGUUGUAAGAUUACAAAACUGCAUCUGUUCACCAAUUGCGUACUCUAACGUGGAAUUGUGAUAGCCAACCUAAUGACAUGAUUGGUGACUGCACUGGUGUAGCACUGCCGUCUCUUAAAGGCCUUCAGCAUUGGGGUUUUGUGUCUUUGGACAAUGCUGGGGAGGUGGGAGAAAGACUGUUUAUUUUCUUUCUAAUUUUACUUUAAUUUUCAGAUAGUGCAGGUGGACUUUCGAAUUUGCUUAUCAGUCUCCUCUGGUGCUGUUGCUAUUGUUACUAUCGCUGACACGGUGUAGUGUGCCUGUAGUGGCAGGUACGGUGUGGUACAAUGACAGCAGCAACUGAGGUUCUGCCAGAUUGCCUGCGGGCAUAUCAGUGACAGCCCAAAUGUGGGUGGAGGAAACCUGCAAUUUCCUUAUUACAUGUGCUUGAAACAAACCUACUGCUAUUCUUUGAAAAUGAAAAUACAAACUGGUUGAAAUGCAAGCAAUUAGGGCUUCACAUAAUUGCCAUGGCCCUGACUUUUAAGCUACUUUGGAGAACUCUUUUGUAAAGCCACUUAUUUUGAUCACGCUUCUGCAUCACCAAGCAGACUUCUAAAAUCAAUAAAUCAUUGGUUACUAGAAAUAGUUGAGUCUUAUAGUGAUGUUUUUGUGCUGUUUAUAGUUCGUUGGCAACGCUGCAGCUGGAUGAGCCCUUCUGUUGAGGUGUUUAUAACUGGGUUAUAAGCGGUUAUUUCUGAGCAAAGGGGUGGUGAGGUUGUCCCAGCCCUGGGAUGAGCUAGUGAGCGCUUGGUACCCGAGGAGGAGGAGAAAUCUGUUCAGCUGACGUAAAUUUGAAAAAUUUGGGGUGCUUUUGAGUCAACUGUUUUUAUUGUGAUAAUGUUCAGACUGCAGUUUCAUGCAGAGUAGCUCUUUUCUGGAAGACUUUUUAUUUUUUUCUCUAAAGAAAUGGUCAUUAUUAGUAUUUGAAGAUCAGAACUGCACACGCACAGUAAUUUUUUUAUGAAGUGUUUAAUGAGCACACCCACUACAUUGUGUUCCAUAUUACAAGUCAAUGUAAUAUUAGAUAAGACUUGCAUGAUAAACAGAUUCAUUGAGUCGAUAUUACGCUUUAAAUCUUAUACCUAUAGUCAAGAUUGGUGUCCUAUGUAAACACAUUUAGCCAAUUUGAAGAAAACGCACAUUAUAUAUAUAUAUAUACCUAUAUAUAUUCCUAUAUAUAUAAAAACUGUAAAGGAUUCUUUGGAACCACUAUGAUCUGUGUAAAUGUGUAUUUAGGCACUUUAUUAAAAAAGAAAAUGGAUUUUGAGCUGA